AUCUGUGUAUUUAUUUAUUUUUCGUACUCAAAAACAAAUGCAUUAGCUAAAUACAUGUUUGACCCUUUACCAAAAACUAAACCAACUUGACUACAGGAACUAAAUGUCGAUUGUUGUUUUCAGCCGGUGAAUAUGUCAGAUGCACCAACUGCCAGAGUAGCAACAUUAGCUUUAGCUGAUCAGAGAACGAAUGAGAAGUAAACUGGUCGCUCGUGCUGUGAAAUACCUUGUAUGUUUGUGAAAGUUUUCAUCAAAAUUCAGUUUUCUUAUAAUUUAUUUCCGCGGACUGUAUUUUCGGUUUGUCACACUCAGUUUUAGCCACAAUAUGUUUAUUUUAAGUCCAGCGGAACAUUAACGUUAGCUAACAAAAUAAGGAAAAGUGAAAUUUUUGAAGUCUAAAAGUGUAUCCUUUGUGUUAAUUUCUAAGGUGUGCAUGUGCGAGCUGCACUUAAAACAAAUAACAAUUACUAGCUGGAUUGCAAGUAAUUAAUUAUCUUCGGCCCACGGGAUGGCUGCUGCAGGACGAGAACAUGCAGCUGGACCAAGCACCGAUGACAAAGAUAUAGAUCUAUAUAGUGACCUGAAUCAAAACGAUGAGGAUUUGGAUAGAAUUGCAGAAGCAAAUGAACUUUUUGAUGCCGUUCUAACCGGUUCUGUUAACCAAGACAAGAAUGUUGCUACCAAGGAGUCCUUACGUAAGGAGACAUCAGCUAAGGAAGAGGAUAAAUCAACAGAAGCAAAUACUCCAAAAAGAGCAAACUCUCUAAGGAGACUUUCUGUAUAUGUUGGGCAUUUCCCAUGGUGGGUAACUGAGAAUGACCUAACAUCUAUGGCCAAAGGGUUGGGUGUGAAGAACAUCGCAGACAUCAAGUUUGCUGAGGACAGAAGUAAUGGUGUGUCAAGAGGCUUUGCAGAAGUGGUGAUAACGUCAGACGAGUCACUAAAACUAAUGUUGGAAAAAUUACCACAGUGUAAAAUCAACGGGGAAAGGAUAGACUGUCGCUAUGCCACUUGUCAGAACCUUGCUUUUUUUGAAGAGGAAGCAAACAAACGUGUACCCUUGCGAUCUAACAAAGAAACCAAGGAAUCUGAUUCGUCAGAUGAGAGUCUCUCAGUAUUAUUAGCACAGAAGACCACCCCGUCUGCUAUACCUCCACUUUUUCCAUCACAUCCACUUGCUAACAGCUUUCCUCCAUUACCCGGCCCUUCUUUUGGUCAUCCACCUCCCCUGUUUCCACAUAUGCCACAAACAAUCGCUCCGCUCAUGGCAGCCCCGCUGUUCCCUCCUCAUCCAGUCCCUGUCCCAAGCCACCCAUCUCUUGGUAUGCAUCCCCCAUACUUCAGCCCAGCACAGGAUGGGCACAGCAGCAAAGCUUACAGCCAACAAAAAAACACACCUAAAAGUUCAGAUCAACAUUUGGAGGAGCUUAUGAAUAGAAACAGAACCAUUGCCAGCAGUGCCAUCACAAAAGCUGUGAGUGGUGCAACAGCUGGAGACCUGCAGGUGGCCAUGGAAACACUAUUAACUGCCAUUGCCAUCAUUAAGCAGUCCAGAGUGUAUGGAGAUGAGCGAUGCCAGACGCUGGUCACAUCACUCAAGGAUUGUCUAGUCUCUAUCCAGGGCAACUAUGGCUACAGUGAACAAAGUCGCUCUGGAAAAAGAGACCGGGACAGGAGUCGGGACCGAGAGCGAGAGCGGGACAGAGACAGGGAAUGGAGCCGAGACCGUGAAAGAGACCUGGAACGGAGUCGAGAGCGUAAUAGAGACCGGGAACGGAGUCGUGGCAGAGAGCGCGAUAGAGACUGGGACAGGAGUCGUGACAGAGAGCGUGAUAGGGACUAUUCUUCUGUUUGUGAAGAUGCAGGAAUGUCUCGAAGACACCUGGAGCACUCCUGGAGUGGAGAAAGGGAAAAGGCGUAUUCACGGGAACGGGAAAGACACAGAGAUCACAGAGACAGGUACCACUAAUUAGACUGAAGUCCUGUGACUGAAGCAGAGCAAAGACAGGCCUUUUUUGAGGACAAAAGUAGAAGAAUUCCAGAUUAAACUACAGAUAUGCAUCUUCUAAAGUCCAAGGUGUACUUUUUUUCUUUGAAGGUACUGAGUUUCUUUUCUUUUUUUAAGUUCUCCAGGAUCUGUAAUUUUAGAUAAAGACUGUAGAAUUGUUGCUGGGAUAUCAACUUUCAAAGCUUGCAUGCACAGAAGCGCCUCCUAAUUUAUGUAACUGUAAAAUCUAUCACUUUUUGUAUUAAAUGUACAAAAAAAUAUCCAUAAACAUAAAUCCAAGUUGUUGUUUUAUCUGCUUACUGGGGACCACAAAAAUCAUUUAAACUGCCUCUGUUUGGACCACUGUUAACACAUUAAAAUGUAAAGCUAC